CACUUUUUCGUUUGCCGAGGAAUGGCUCGUUUGUCGUACAUAAAGCCUGAUAUUGGAACACAGAAAAGUCGAAAAACUCUUAAAUAUGUUCGCGUGCUUUCGCGUCACUGGUAAAGCAUUAAAGAUGUUUUUGAUUCGACGGAUAAAACUGAGAAAAUGAGCAGCAGUUGGCACGCGUCACUUGUGCCGGAGCGCGUGACUCUGCAUCAUGUGACGAGGUCUGUUUUUGUUGCCUGCUGGCAGCUACACAAAGGACAAAAAAGUGUAGAAAGCCUCAAUUAAAAUGUUAGGAACGAUGGCUUUUUAAAAUACAGGCUCGAUGAAGAUUUGAUUUUGUUUCACGGCGCUGUUAUUUUUUUAACGGCACGGCUUUUUGAACACUACGUCCAAUGAAUACCUCUUUGUGAAGUGUCACCAGUCAUUUGUUGAACGUGGUUCUGCACUGAAGAUGAAUGCUCUGGUGGCUCUCUGUCACUUCUGUGAGCUCCAUGGCCCUCGAACCCUGUUCUGCACUGAGGCACUACACCCGCCUUCCCCAUCCCCUUCAUCCCAGGUAGGUGCCCAAAUGCCAGGGGACCGAGAUGGUGACCGUGAUGGUGAAGGUCUAACCAUGAAGGCCAACAGCUCAGCCACACAGAAAGAAAUGUGUGAGGGUUGCCGAUCCUUGCCUGCAUCUCACCCGGGCUUUGUUAGCAUUGAUGAUGAAACAGGCAUCCGCUUCCUUAGUCACCAGCACCCCAGACAGCCCCAGCUUUUCAGCGUGGUCCGACAGGCUUGCGUACGCAGUCUCAGCUGUGAGGUGUGUCCCGGACGUGAAGGGCCCAUUUUUUUUGGAGACGAGCAACAUGGAUUUGUGUUCUCACACACCUUCUUUAUCAAAGACAGUCUCGCUAGAGGCUUCCAGCGUUGGUACAGUAUUGUUAUGGUAGCCAUGGACAGAAUCUACCUUAUAAACUCCUGGCCUUUCCUGCUGCGUCACCUGAAGCUUACUAUACAGAGUCUGCAGAGCACAGCUCUAAAGGUGUUUGACAAUGAACAGGGAGUUUGUCCCCAGCGAGCUGUGAGGAUGAACAGUGCAUUUUCACCUGCAGUUUUUCCACACCAAAGGAGCGGCAAUGCAGCCCGAUCGCUGACUUCGCUCACCCAGCAUCCUAACCUCUGGGCCAGCCUGCACUCCUCCUUUAGCUGGUUACUUAAAGCUUGUGGCAGCCGUCUGACGGAGAAGCUCCUGGAAGGAGCCCCCACCGAGGACACUCUGGUGCUCAUAGAGAGACAAACGGAGCAAGAGGAGGAAAUGAGCUGCUGGGAGGGAGCAGAAGGAGGUGCUUCAAAGACGCAGAGACACCUGUCAGAGACCGAGCUGGCCCACAACUUCCUGAGCGAUGAUACAAAACUGGAUGAAUUACCUGGUCCAAAAUUUAGGUCACUGAGGCAUUUGAGACAGGUCCUCGGGGCUCCUGACUUUCGACAGCUAGCCUGGCACGUGCUCAUGGGAAAUCAGGUCAUAUGGAGAGGUGCAGAUCCAGUUCUCAUCCAGUCAGCUUUUACAGUGCUAAAGUCUUUGCUCCCGGUAGGCUGUGUGCGCUCCGUGCCAUACAGCUCUCAGUACGAGGAGGCCUACAAGUGCAACUUUCUGGGUCUCUGCCCCGAUGUGCCUAUUCCAGCUCACGUCAGCUCCUCAGAGUUUACAGUGCUCGUGGACGUCACCUCAGAGAGAAGCUGUCACAUGCCAGCUGUAAGAGAAGACGACAUCAGCUCGCUUUAUCAGUUCACCAUCACCAGUGCCAACACACAACCUAUAGACAGGGGUCCAGCAUUACUGAACAAGCUGGAGGUCGCUCUGUGCAAUGAGAACCUGUCGGUGGAUGUUGUGUCUCACUGCCUGCUGUGUUUGAAGGAGGAGUGGAUGAAUAAAGUCAAAGUGCUGUUCAAGUUCUCCAAAGUGGACGGUCGAGGAAGAGAGGACACGCAGAAGGUUCUGGCACUCCUCGGUGCUACGGGGCCCGGGGAAGAGGACAACGUCAGGCUGCUCAAGUACUGGAUGACUGGACUUAGCAAAACAUACAAGAGCCAUUUAAUGACAGCUGUCCGAGGAGGGGAGAGGAGCCCCAGCCAGUGACAAAGAAGAGGAGGAGGAGGAGAUUAGGAUAAAGAAAGGGGAGCUGAAAUGAGGGGGAAUGCCAUUUCUUUGACGUUCCCCUUGUUUUGUUUUGUUUUAUUUUUAUUAAUUUGUUUAGUUUUGGGGGGUUUUCUUACCCACAUUCUUGUCAUUUAAUGACAGGACUGUGAACGGAUGACACAAAGGGUUUCGCUCGUCAAUUAUGGUUGUUUUCAGUAACUGUUGUGUAUCUAACGAUGAUGAUUAUCUUGCUCACUAAACAAGUAGAAUCAGUUUGGAUAAUGCAUGAGGGCUUUUAUUUGUCAAAGGGAACUCUUAUAGGAGACCUUUUUAUACAGAUAUGUAAAGCUUAGCUUAUUACAAAAAAAGACUUUGCACUUUGUUUACUCCUGCUGAUGUUUUAAAA